AGCGCGCGUCUGUCAACAGGUGCUGCUAAAUAUGAAUAUUAUUGUUAUUUUCAAUUCUAGACAUUAAAUGUUGCAGUACUGCUGAAUAUUGAAUUACUUGGAACCAAACCAAUUGUAUAUACAUUCAUAUGCAUGCAAUUUGUAUCGAAACAGAUUUGAUUAAUAUUUACAGAUGACCUCAACGAGAUAUGCAUCUUUUGUAUUAGGAAUUAUAAUAUCUUCUGUAACAUGGGCCUUUAGUUUAUACUUAUAUUCAAAACUUUCACAAAAUGUUAAUACGGAAAGUCCAACCAUUAUUGGAACAGAGUCGGGUAAAUCGUAUUCUCCAAGGGCUGUAUAUGAACAAGCAAUACCCAAAAAUGCGUUACAGAAUAUCGAACAAAAAGAAGAAGCUCAUUGGGGUUUAAUGGAUAUUAAUAGAGGAAAUCAGGCCUUCAAAAAUAGUGAAAAUCUGGUUAAACAAUUACAACCUGUUCCUAUCAAAUCAGCCAUCACUUUGGAUGCAGGAUUAGAUGAAUUGGGCUUAGUGAGAAAUGUGGAAGAUCAGUGGAAGCGUGAUGAUGGCUAUAAACGCUACGCAUUUAACGUGCUGGUAUCUGACAAUCUAAAUUUACAUCGAGACUUGCCUGAUACGAGAAACAAACUUUGUAAGGAUCAAAAUUACCCCGAACAUUUGCCAAAUGCUAGCAUUGUUAUAUGUUUCUACAACGAGCACUUGACAACUCUAUUGAGAUCUCUGCAUUCUCUAAUAGACAAAACUCCUGAUGAGUAUUUGCAUGAAAUUAUUUUAGUUAAUGAUCACAGUGACAAUAAUACUUUACACGAACGAGUAGAUAAGUACGUACAAGGUAAUUUGAGUAGAAAAGUUAAAUAUUACAAACUAGAGAAAAGAGAAGGUUUAAUUAGAGCCAGGAUGUUUGGAGCGAAACAAGCCACCGGAAAGGUGUUAGUCUUCCUUGAUAGUCACAUUGAAGUAAAUCAAUUGUGGUUAGAACCUCUUUUGAUAAGAAUAGCACACGACAAGACAAUUGUAGCUGUACCUGUGAUAGAUAUAAUCAAUGCUGACACAUUUCAAUACACUGCCAGUCCUUUGGUUAGAGGAGGAUUCAAUUGGGGACUUCAUUUUAAAUGGGAUAACUUACCCAUCGGGACAUUAUCCCAUGAUGAAGAUUUUAUAAAACCUAUCAAAUCACCAACAAUGGCUGGGGGCCUUUUUGCAAUGGAUCGAUUAUAUUUUUUCGAGAUGGGAGAAUAUGAUUCUGGUAUGGAUGUUUGGGGUGGGGAAAACUUGGAAAUAUCGUUUAGGGUCUGGAUGUGUGGUGGAAGUAUAGAAAUAAUACCAUGUUCCCGUGUUGGCCAUGUUUUCCGAAAGCGAAGACCUUAUGGUGGCCAUGACGAGCGAGACACAAUGUUAAAGAAUUCAAUGCGCGUAGCACAUGUGUGGAUGGACAGUUAUAAAAACUACUAUUUAAAGGAUGUGAAGAAAAUUGAUUACGGCGAUGUUUCCGAAAGAAUAGCUUUAAGAAAACACCUAAAUUGUAAAGACUUUUCAUGGUAUUUGAAUACAGUUUAUCCAGAAUUGAUAUUACCCGAUGACAGCGAAAAAAAAUUAAAAGCGAAGUGGGCCAAAAUUAAUCAAAGACCAAUCCAACCCUGGCACUCUAAGAAGAGGAAUUAUACAGAUCAGUAUCAAAUAAGACUCGCCAAUACUCAUAUGUGUGUUCAAAGUGAGAAAGAUAUCAAAACAAGAGGAUCUAAAUUAACUUUGGCAUCAUGUUUACGCACUAAAUCACAGAUGUGGUUUGAAACCGACAAGAAAGAAUUGAUUCUUGGACAAAUGCUUUGUCUAGAAGGUAGCGAGAAGAAGCCGAAGCUCGGAAAGUGCCAUGAAAUGGGUGGAAACCAAGAAUGGCAUCAUAAGGGAUCGAAGGAAACUGCGAUUUACAAUUUGGCCGCAGGUACAUGUUUAGGUGCUUUGCAUGCAAAUAAAGGUGCUCAAAUAAUUAUGGAUUUGUGUACAAAAUACGACAAAUCAUUAAUUAGUUGGAAUCUCAUCCGCUCAAUAUUUUCAGAUCUCUCCAUUGCAUAACAGAAACAGUUCUGGAUAUGCACAUAAACGCAUCGGCUGCAUACCACAAAGUCCAUCAACUAUAGACAAUCUAUGAAAGCCAAGAUAUCCAUCCUGAAGUACACAAA